GCUGUGACCGGGCCCUCGAAGGUCCCGCUGGCUCCCGGGGACACGCAUGGAGCUGGCCGAGCUCUACACCCAGUACAACAGAGUCUGGAUCCACGAUCCCGAGGAGGUGUGGAAAUCAGCAGACAUAGCAAAGAACUACAGCGUGGGAGAUAAAGUCCUUCAUCUCCUUCUAGAAGAUGGAACGGAGCAAGAUUAUCCUGUGGAUCCAGGACCUCUGCCCCCUCUGCGAAAUCCAGACAUCCUGGUGGGAGAGAAUGACCUCACCGCCCUUAGUUACCUCCACGAGCCCGCUGUCCUCCACAAUCUCAAGAUACGCUUUGUGGAAUCCAAGCUUAUUUAUACCUACAGCGGAAUCAUCUUGGUGGCUUUGAACCCCUACAAGCAGCUGCCCAUCUAUGGAGAUGCCAUCAUCCACGCGUACAGCGGGCAGAACGUGGGCGACAUGGAUCCGCACAUAUUUGCUGUGGCAGAAGAAGCUUACAAGCAGAUGGCCAGAAACAACAAAAACCAGUCGAUCAUAGUCAGCGGAGAGUCCGGGGCGGGGAAGACCGUGUCGGCUCGCUACGCGAUGAGGUACUUCGCUACGGUCAGUAAAUCCAGCAGCAAUGCCCACGUGGAAGAUAAAGUCCUGGCAUCCAACCCCAUCACUGAGGCCAUUGGCAACGCCAAGACCACCCGCAACGACAACAGCAGCCGCUUUGGGAAAUACACGGAGAUCAGUUUUGAUAAGAGGAGCCAGAUCAUCGGGGCCAACAUGCGAACCUACCUGCUGGAGAAAUCCAGAGUUGUCUUUCAAUCGGAGAAUGAACGGAAUUAUCACAUUUUCUAUCAGCUUUGCGCUUCUGCGCGGCAGCCUGAAUUCAAACAUCUGAAACUAGCGAGUGCUGAGGAAUUUCACUACACGAGAAUGGGGGGCAGCACCGUCAUCGAAGGCAUCAGCGACAGGGCCGACAUGCUGGAGACGCAGAGGACGUUCACGAUGCUCGGUCUGAAGGAGGAUUUUCAGAGGGAUGUGUUCCAGAUCCUGGCGGCCAUCCUGCAUCUGGGCAAUGUGCAGAUCACGGCUGUGGGAGACGAGAGAUCCUCCGUACCGGACGAUGACCAUCAUCUGGGCGUCUUCUGUGAGCUCCUAGAUGUUGACUGCAGCAAGGUGGCCAAGUGGCUGUGUCGCCGAAAGAUCAUCACCACCUCCGAGACGGUCAUCAAGCCCAUGACCCAGGGUCAGGCCCUCAACGCCAGGGACGCGUUGGCCAAAAAGCUCUAUUCUCACCUGUUUGACCUCAUUGUGGAAACAAUUAACAAAGCUUUGCAGUUCUCAGGCAAGCAGCACACUUUUAUUGGUGUUUUGGACAUUUAUGGCUUUGAAACUUUUGACUUGAACAGCUUUGAACAGUUUUGCAUCAAUUAUGCUAAUGAAAAACUGCAACAGCAGUUUAAUCUGCAUGUUUUUAAACUUGACCAAGAAGAGUAUAUGAAAGAAAACAUCCCUUGGACUCUCAUAGAUUUUUAUGACAACCAGCCCGUUAUUGACCUGAUCGAAGCUAAAAUGGGCAUUUUGGAGCUGCUGGAUGAAGAGUGCAUGUUACCUCAGGGAACAGAUGAAAAUUGGCUCCAAAAGCUGUACAAUCAGUUUGUCAACAAGAACCCUCUGUUUGAAAAACCUCGAAUGUCUAACACAUCCUUCUGCAUCCAGCACUUCGCUGAUAAGGUGGAAUAUGAAUGCGAAGGGUUCCUAGAGAAGAACAGAGAUACUGUGUAUGAAGUCCUCAUUGACAUUUUGAGAAAGAGCAAGUUUCACCUCUGUGCCAGCUUUUUUCAAGAGCAUCCAGUUUCUCCUUCCCCCUUCAGCUCGGGUAUUACUGUGAAGUCAGCAAAGCAAGUAAUCAAGCCAAACAAUAAACAUUUCCGGACCACGGUGGGCAACAAGUUCCAGAGCUCCUUGUCUUUGCUAAUGGAGACUCUCAACGCAACUACUCCUCACUACGUACGAUGUAUCAAACCGAACGAUGAAAAACUACCUUUUGAGUUCAACCCAAAGAGAGUCGUGCAGCAACUGAGGGCCUGUGGGGUUCUGGAGACGAUUUACAUCAGUGCCCAGAGUUACCCAUCCAGGUGGACGUACAUAGAGUUUUUCAGCCGCUACAGCAUCCUCAUGACUCAGCAGGAACUGGCCUUCGGCGAAAAGAAGGAGGUCUGCAAAAUGGUUCUUCACCGGCUGAUCCAGGACCCCAACCAGUACCAAUUCGGUAAAACCAAAAUUUUCUUCAGAGCAGGGCAGGUGGCCUAUUUAGAGAAACUGCGGUUGGAUAAACUGAGGCAAGGGAGCGUGGUGAUACAAAAGCACAUCCGCGGCUGGCUCCAGCGGAGAAAGUUUCUGCGGCUGCGGCAGGCCGCCACGCUCAUUCAGCAGUACGUCCGGGGCCAGAGGACCGUGAGGAAAGCGAUCACUGCCAGAGCCCUCAAAGAAGCUUGGGCCGCUAUCAUCAUUCAGAAACACUGCCGAGGCUUUCUGAUCCGUAACCUCUAUCAGCUAAUCCGGAUAGCCACCAUAACCAUACAGGCCUACACCCGAGGGCUCCUAGCCCGGAAGAAAUAUCACAAGAUGCUGGAAGAACACAAAGCCAUCAUCCUGCAGAAGUACGCCCGGGCAUGGCUGGCCCGACGACGCUUCCAGAGUAUCCGACGCUUCGUGCUGAAUAUUCAGCUCUCUUACCGGGUCCAGCGCUUGCAGAAGAAGCUUGAGGAUCAGAACAAGGAAAAUCACAGCCUGGUGGAGAAACUGACCAGCCUGGCAGCCACACACGCCAACGACACAGAUGUGAUUCAGAAGCUUGAGUUGGAACUUGGAAAAUCGGCUUCCCAAAGGAAGAGCAUCGAGGAGAAGGGGCAGAGAUUGAAGAGAGACAUGGAGCAGAAAAUGACGAAACUUCAGCAACACAAUGCAGAGUUGGAGGAGCAGAAAGACCAGCUGGCAAAGAAGCUUCAAGAGAAGACUGACGAGAUGAAAGAUAAAAUGGAUGACCUCACCAAGCAGCUUUUCGAAGAUGUCCAAAAGGAAGAAAGACAAAGAACGCUCCUAGAAAAGAGCUUCGAGCUGCAGAAGGAAGACUUCGAGAAGCAGAUUCUGGAGUUGAAGGGCGAGAUCAAGGCUCUCAGAGAAGAAAAGCUGCAGCUGCAGCGUCAAGUGGAGGAAGAACAGACCCUCACCGAGGCUCUCAGGGGGGAAGUGGCGGACCUCAGCCAGCAGGCCAAGACCAUCCCUGAGUUUCAAAAGGACAUAGAGCUGCUCCAGAUGCAGAAGUCGGAAGUGGAGAAGCUGGCCCAGUCCCAGAAACGGGAAAUGAGAGAAAAGAUGGCCGAAGUCACCAAGCAACUUCUUAACAGCUACGACAUUGAGGAUGUCAAAAACAGGCUCUCCAUGGAAGAUCUGGAGCACUUAAAUGAAGACGGGGAACUCUGGUUUGCCUACGAGGGGCUGAAGAAAGCCACAAGGGUCCUGGAAAGCCAUUUCCAGGUCCAGAAGGAGAACUAUGAGAAGGAGAUUGAAACUCUGAACCUCAAAGUGGAGCACCUGAGUCAGGAGAUGAACCACUUACAAAAGCUGUUUAGAGAAGAGAAUGACAUCAACGACAACAUCCGGCACCAGCUCGCCAGGCUGACGUCUGAAAACAUGAUGAUUCCAGACUUCAAACAGCAGAUCUCCGAGCUUGAGAAACACAAGGAAGAGCUUGAGACCCGCCUGAAGGAGCAGACGGAACAAACCAGAGGAAAAAUGGAUGAAAUAGCCAGUCAGUUACACCGUGACCUGGAGGAGGAAGGGAUGCAGAGGAGAAACCUGGAAGUCCAGAAUGAAAUCCACAGCAAAGAAAAAGAGAAGCUGAUGGCCACAAUCCAGACCAUUCAGGAGGCCAAUGACCAUUUGAAGAAACAGCACGAAACCGAAAAUGAAGCAAAGAGCAGAAUCCAGCAGGAAGCCUCUCGCCUCACUGUGGAAAACGGGGAUCUUGAGGAAGAGCUGGACAUGAAGGACAGAAUGAUUAAGAAGCUGCAGGACCAGAUCAAGACUCUGACCAAGACGAUCGAUAAAGCCAGCGAUAUCCACGUUCCUUCAGGCCCCAAGGAGUUUAUGGGAAUGCUGGAGUACAAAACAGAAGAUGAAGCAAAGCUGGUGCAAAAUCUCAUCCUUGACCUGAAGCCCCGGGGAGUGGUGGUGAACAUGAUCCCAGGACUGCCCGCUCACAUCCUCUUCAUGUGCGUGCGCUACACGGACUCCCUCAACAAUGCCAGCAGGCUGCAGUCCUUCAUGCACAUCACCAUAAACGGCAUCAAGCAGGUCGUCAAGGAACACCCGGAAGACUUCGAGAUGCUGUCCUUCUGGCUCUCCAAUACGUGCCACUUCCUGAACUGCCUGAAACAGUACAGCGGGGAGGAGGAGUUCAUGAAGCACAAUACACCCCGCCAGAAUAAGAAUUGUCUGAAGAACUUCGACCUAUCCGAGUACAGACAGAUCCUCAGUGACCUGGCCAUCCGGAUUUAUCACCAGUUCAUCGUUGUGAUGGAAAACCUCCUUCAGCCAGUGAUAGUUCCGGGCAUGCUGGAGUAUGAAAGCCUGCAGGGAAUUUCAGGGUUGAAGCCUACGGGCUUCCGGAAGCGAUCCUCCAGCAUCGAUGACACGGACGCCUACACGAUGACCUCCAUCUUGCAGCAGCUCAGCUAUUUUUACAGCACCAUGUGCCAGAACGGCCUGGACCCCGACAUCCUGAAGCAGUCCAUGAAGCAGCUUUUCUUCCUGAUCGGUGCCGUCACCCUCAACAGUCUCUUCCUUCGCAAAGACAUGUGCUCCUGCAGGAAAGGAAUGCAGAUUCGGUGUAACAUCAGUUACUUAGAAGAAUGGCUUAAAGACAAGAACUUGCAGAACAGCAAUGUCAAGGAGACUCUGGAACCCCUCUCCCAAGCGGCCUGGCUGCUCCAGGUCAAGAAGAUCACAGACAGCGAUGCGAAGGAAAUCUCCGAGUGCUGCACGACGCUGUCUGCUGUCCAGAUCGUGAAGAUCCUCAAUUCCUACACUCCUAUCGACGACUUUGAGAAAAGAGUGACUCCGUCCUUCGUCCGCAAAGUACAGGCCCUGCUGAGCAGUCGGGAGGACACACCCCAGUUGAUGAUGGACACCAAGUAUCUCUUUCAAGUCACGUUCCCCUUCGCCCCUUCCCCCCACGCCCUGGAAUUAAUAGAGAUCCCCAGCAGCUUCAAGCUGGGCUUUCUCACAAGAUUGUAGCAGCAGAAAGAAAACGUUUGGCUUUCUUUCCUCCAAAGCAAGACCAACCGAUCCCCGGGGGCUCAGUAUGCUCCUAGGACAUUGUUUAGGGUCCCGGGCUAGAAAAUGGGAUCAUUCUCCAGACAGCUGCCCUGCCGACCCUCCAGCUCGAAGCCUGCAGAGCCAUCCACUGAGGCAGGGUCCGGAGUUCCCCCUCAGAAGCUCCACUGAGGCAGGAUCAGGUGUUCCGCCUCAAAAGCUCAUAACAGCAGAGCUUCAAGAAGGCCUGGGCCUUAUUCCAAGUCCGACCUGCUCGUGCUGAGACUGGCCAACUGAGGCAACCAUGGAGCCCUGCCCCAUAGAGAGACUGCCCCCCACCACCACCACCACCUCCGGGGGCUAGAGCCACUAGGAAGAAUUCCCAGACCCGUGGGCCCUGGAGGGCCUCAAUGGGGUGGGCCACAGAUGCCCCAUUUUCAGCGUGAGGCAACAUCACCUGUGACGGGAUUGGAGCUUUAAGGUUCAGGUGACCCAGGGUCAUUGUAUCAGACAUCACUCUUAAGGUUUUCACCCAGGGUCUCUGUCCCGUGGUCUAUUGCCACGUUUUUGUUAGCACAUUCCUCUCAUCUAGCCCUGUGAAUAAAGAGCCUGUCCCAGAGGGCUGCAGUCGGCCCUCUUCCAAUUCGAUCUUCAUCCGGAUUUGAUCAGGUGUGCUGUCUGGAUCAGGUCUACACUGGAAGCUCUGAACUGGGAAAAGCCAAGGAGGAACAGCCAGGGCCCCAGUGUACUGCCCUGGAGUCGCCCAUGAAUUUGGCACCAUGAGAUUCCGGGUGGGGUUUGGGGGUGGGAAUCCAAUAUGGUUUUCCAGCAACAGGACUGCGGUCAGACGGCGGAGCGAGUCCAGCCAGUUGAAACUCGCUGCAUCCCUUUCUCGUCUUUGUGCCCUGGGAAACUCUCCGUUCCACCACUGUGUAAGCUUCUUGAUUGCAGGGGAGCAUAUCUGCCAACUUUAUUGUACUCUCCCAAGCGCUUAGUAGAGUGCCCUGCAUAAAGUAAGUACUCAGUAAAUGCU